AUGAUUGCUAAAUUGAUGGUCUUAUUUGCUGUCCUUGCACUGGCUUUGGCAAUUCCGCAAUAUUAUCCUGGUUAUAAUGGAUACUCUGGAUAUGGUGGAUACAGUGGAUACAGUUCUUAUGCAUCGCCCUAUUCUGGCUAUUACAACCCUGGCUAUGGAUCUUAUGGUACUUAUGGAGCCUCUCCAUAUAGUUAUGGAUACGGAUACUAUUGA